AUGCCAUCAGCUUCAUCGUCAUCUUCGAAUUACGACUCAGCAAGUCUACCGGAUUUACUCCCGCUUUACUACCGACGACUAUUUCCCUUCUCGCAGUACUACCGCUGGCUCAACUAUGGAGGAGUGCAGAAAAAUUAUUUCCAGAACCGAGAGUUCUCCUUCACCCUCAAAGACGACAUAUACGUCCGCUACCAAUCGUUUACCACACAGAACGAACUGGAGAAGGAAAUGCAGAAGAUGAACCCUUACAAAAUUGACAUUGGAGCAGUCUAUAGUCACCGGCCCAGUCAGCAUAAUACGGUGAAGUCUGGAACCUUUCAGGCUCUGGAGAAGGAACUUGUGUUUGAUAUUGACAUGACUGAUUACGAUGAUGUCAGAAGAUGCUGCAGUGCUGCAGACAUUUGUUCCAAGUGCUGGACCCUGAUGACUAUCGCAAUACAGAUCCUGGACAGAGCUCUUCGAGUGGACUUCGGUUUUCAGCACCUCCUGUGGGUGUAUUCAGGCAGACGGGGUGUUCAUUGUUGGGUGUGUGAUGAAGCUGCCAGGACACUUUCGGUAUCUGCUCGAUCUGCAGUGGCAGAAUACCUCAGUUUAGUCAAGGGCGGGGAGGAAACUGUGAAGAAAGUGGUGUUGACUGAACCAAUUCAUCCCUUUAUUAGAGAAUCUUUGACAGUGGUGGAGAGAUACUUUUCCAUGUAUGCAUUGCAGGAACAGGACAUACUGGGCUACAAAGAGUCUGUAGAACAAGUGUUGGCCCUUGUGCCUGAUGAUGUUCGAAAAGAGUUACAGCAAGACUUCAAGAAUGAAACCAACCCGCAAAACAGGUGGAAACUCGUAAUGGAACAGGCCAGAAAGAAACAGGCGACUGCUAAGAAGGGCCAGCACUUUGAGAAAGAAAUCAUGUUGCAGUAUUGUUACCCGCGACUUGAUGUGAAUGUCAGUAAAGGGGUGAACCAUUUGCUGAAGAGCCCCUUCAGUGUCCAUCCUAAGACAGGGCGCAUCUCUGUUCCUAUGGAUCUCACAGAACUGGAUACGUUUGAUCCCUUCAGCGUACCCACAAUCAGUUUGAUCUGCAAUGAGUUGGAUCAAGCCAAGGUGGGUGAGGAUGAAAUGGAUGAACAGGCAGAAGUCAAGGAAAAUGAAGAAGCUACAGAGAAACGGAAAAUAAGAGAUUAUAAAAGAACCAGUCUGGCAAAAUAUGUCAAGUUUUUUGAUACAUUUUUGGAUGGGCUCUCUCAGUCACGGAAAGGAGAACUUCUCAGAAAGAGUGAUCUUCAAAAGGAAUUUUAA